AGAUACAAAGGAGCAUAGAGUCAGUGCACGGGAAAAAUCCAGAAGCUGGGCAUUAUCGUUUCAAAGCGGGAUGCUACCUCAUUCCUCAGUCUGAGCAACUUGCCACACUGUGAUUUUAAUGUAAACCGACGUGCUCUUCCGAGAUCUUUUGAUUGCUUGUCGAGGUUUCCUUUCCCCAAGACACUAGAAAAAUGGGAGGCAAGCUGAGCAAGAAGAAGAAGGGGUAUAGUGUGAACGACGAGAAGUCUAAAGACAAGGACAAGAAGGCUGAAGGGGCAGCAGCAGAGGAAGGAGAGGCACAGAAGGACAACAAGGAGGAGACCCCGGCAGCAGCCGCAGAUGCCAGUGAAGGAAAGGACGAAAAGACUGAGAACGAUUCUCAGCCUGUUGCCAACCAGAAUGCUACCAAGGAGGAAAGCAAAGAGGCAGACGUUAAGGAGGAACCUUCCAAACCUGAGGCCGACAAGACGGCUGCAAAUGCCGAGGCUCCCAGAAGUACAGAGCCUCCUGCAGCUAAGCAAGAAGAGCAGGCUAAAGCCCCUGCGGCCGCACCUCCUGCGAACGAAGACCGUGCAGCUUCAGAGCCAAGCGCCGAGGUGAAGGCCCAAGCUCCUGCACCACCUGUGACAGAAAGCAAAGCCGAUGACAAGAGCACCAGCAAGGAUGAGGCCCAGGCCAAGAAGCCUGAGGCCCCAGCUGCUCCAGUAUCCCAGGAGGUUAAAAGCGAGGCAGCCCCAGCUCAAGAGCCUAAGCCAACGGACACAGCUCCUGCUGCUGCCUCUGCCCCCACUCCCAAGGAGGCCCCCGCCAAUGAAGUAGCACCUAGUUCUACCCCUGCAGCUAUUGAGAGCGUGGCUCCAGCACAAGAGGCCCCCAUUGCCAACCAAGAUCAAACCGUAGCAAUUCAAGAUUAAAAGACAGCCUCUUUUAAAAAAAAUAAAAAUAAAAACAAAUAUACAAACAACCCCACCUGCAUUUUUUUUCUUCUGCUGUACUAACAAACUUGAUCAAAAAUUAAUUUUAACCCUUCUGUGUACACGUCCAACGGGAAAUCCCUUCAGCACUCCGCCAGGAAAAUUCCUUCAGUACUUACAAGAAGUCAUUGGAGUUUGAUUUUUAUUUUUGAUUUUUAUUUUUUCCUUCCACAUUUAUUUCUGGACUCUCAUGCUGCAGAUGUCUGAAAAUGAAAACAGAAGGGGUAGAAUCUACUAACAAAUCGUAUAUAUAUGCACUCUGCCAGUCCCACCUCACCCCUUAUGGGUGCUAUAUUUUCUUCGACUCUGCCGGUUGGGUCAGUGCUAAGGCAAUCAGUUCUUGUGGGUUUAUUUUGUGUUGUGUUACUAAAAAAAAAAAAA